AUCUUGGACUUCAUGUACACAGCAAUCCAAUACAAGGCUCUAGCUGGUCAAAACACUUGAUCUAUAUCAUGAUGGCCUCCUUCAUUACUCUUAUCAUCUCCUUGGUUGGCCUUGUAACUCUGGGAACUUUAACUUCUACAGAGGCUCGUGCAUUCUUCGUCUUUGGUGAUUCUCUGGUUGACAGUGGCAAUAACAACUUCUUGGCAACAACAGCAAGGGCCGAUUCCCCUCCUUACGGCAUUGACUUCCCGACUCGCCGAGCAACUGGCCGCUUUUCCAAUGGCCUUAACAUUCCUGACAUUAUCAGUGAAUAUCUCGGAGCUGAGCCAACAUUGCCAUACUUAAGCCCAGAGCUCCGCGGGGAGAGACUGCUUGUGGGCGCAAACUUUGCAUCAGCUGGAAUUGGAAUUCUCAAUGAUACAGGAAUUCAAUUUUUGAAUAUAAUUCGUAUCACCAAGCAACUGCAAUACUUCCAACAGUACCAACAGAGGCUUAGCUCUCUUGUCGGCCCUGAACAGACACAACAGCUAGUGAACCAGGCCCUGGUUCUCAUCACUCUUGGAGGCAAUGAUUUUGUCAACAAUUAUUACUUGAUCCCUUACUCUGUGAGAUCCCGCGAGUUCUCACUGCCUGACUACGUCCGCUACAUUGUCUCUGAAUACAAGAAAAUUCUUGCCAAACUAUAUGAAUUGGGCGCUAGAAGAGUUCUGGUCACCGGAACUGGACCCCUCGGCUGUGUACCAGCAGAGCUUGCAAUGAGAAGCAGGGAUGGCCAGUGCGACGUCGAGCUUCAGAGAGCUGGCGACAUGUUCAACGGUCAACUUGUCCAAAUGAUAAAUGAUCUAAACUCCCAACUCGGUUCUGAUGUCUUCAUCGCAGCAAAUGCUUUCAGAAUGCACAUGGAUUUCAUUUCCAACCCACGAGCCUACGGAUUUAUCACCUCAAAGAUCGCAUGCUGUGGGCAAGGACCGUACAAUGGCAUUGGCCUAUGUACUAUUGCAUCCAACUUAUGUCCCGAUAGAAAUCUUGCAUUUUGGGAUGCUUUCCAUCCGACCGAAAGAGCUAACCGGAUCAUUGUGAGACAAAUCCUGACUGGCUCCCCGGACUACAUGAGCCCGAUGAAUUUGAGCACCAUCCUCGCCCUGGACGCAAGGACUUAAAAGCAAUUCAAUGCUUGAAAGUUUGGCAGGUCCACUCCAUUCAUAUCUACUUAUUAUCUCUCUCUUAUUUUGUCUGCAUUUUUGUAGUCAAAGUUAUUCAUGUUGUAUGCUUGCAAUUUCUAGCAUGUGGUGAUGUCUUUAGAACAAUAAGUUUCUGUGUCACUUCCUCUGUCAAACUAGUCUUUGUUAUUGAA